CACCACGUGGUUGAUAAUAACAAGGGUGGGCUCGAGGGGGCGGUGGUGGACUGUCAACGAUUAUUUAGAAAUAUGUGGCUACGCAUGGAUGAAGUUAAGUAAUGAUUCAUCUCUCAGGCUUAAACGUUAAAUUGUGUUUUAGAAAAAACAGCGUCAGUAUAACACAACCGUAGCUCGACGGGUGAGCUGUGGUUGUCGUCGCUGUGUCGGUGCGAGAGACCCGGAGAGGAGCGGUUAAAGAAACGUUAGCUAGUUUAGCUUAGUAACGGUAGCCAUCAGGAAGAAGUGUCACCGCCUGGUCUGAACAGGAACCAGGAGAGCCAGUCUUUGACCAUGGCUGCCCUCGGUAACUCGGGGGCCACUUCCAGUCCCAUGGUGAUCCUGGCGCCCAAGACCAAAACGAAAAAGAAACAUUUCGUACAGCAGAAGGUGAAGGUGUUUCGAGCCAGCGACCCCGUCCUGAGCGUCUUCAUGUGGGGCGUGAAUCACUCGAUCAAUGACCUCAACCAGGUGCCUGUUCCUGUCAUGCUGCUGCCUGAUGACUUUAAAGCCAACACCAAGAUCAAAGUCAACAACCACCUCUUCAACAAAGAAAAUCUCCCAGGACAUUUCAAGUUCAAAGAAUACUGUCCUCAGGUCUUCCGAAAUCUAAGGGAAAGGUUUGGUAUUGAGGAUCUGGACUAUCAGGUUUCGUUGACCCGCAGCCCCCCGAUGAGGAGUGUAGACGACCAGGGAGAGGGUCUGCUCCUCAACUCCUAUGACCGUACGCUGGUCAUCAAGCAAAUCUCCAGUGAGGAUGUUGCAGACAUGCACAGCAUCCUGUCUGAGUAUCACCAGCACAUAGUAAAGUGUCACGGUAGCACCCUGCUGCCACAGUUCCUGGGUAUGUACCGGGUGAGCGUGGACAACGAGGAGACCUACCUGAUCGUCAUGAGGAACAUGUUCAGCCACAGACUGGUUGUACACAGGAAGUACGACCUGAAGGGCUCUCUGGUGGCUCGUGAAGCAAGUGACAAAGAAAGGGGAAAAGAGCUUCCCACCUUCAAGGACAUGGACUUCAGGAACAACAUGCAGAAGGUGUAUGUAACCGAGGAGCAGAAGGAGAAGCUCAUGGAGAAACUCAACAGAGACGUGGAGUUUCUGGUGAAGCUGAAGAUCAUGGACUACAGCCUGCUGCUCGGUAUCCACGAUGUGGGUCGAGCUGAACGGGAGGAGGAGGAGGGCGAGGAGGUUUCCAAUGAGGAAGAACCGGAGGCGGAGAACGGCCUGGCACCUGGCCCUAUGGUGGGCUCUUAUGGCACCUCUCCAGAGGGAAUCGCUGGUUACAUGUCCGCCUGCAAACCUCUGGGGCCCGGGGAGUUCAACCCCUAUGUGGAUGUGUACGCAGUCGGGAGCUGCACAGGAGCCCCUCAGAGGGAGGUCUAUUUCAUGGGCCUGAUUGACGUACUUACUCAGUACGACACCAAGAAGAAAGCCGCUCAUGCAGCAAAAACUGUCAAACAUGGGGCUGGUGCUGAAAUCUCCACAGUCCACCCCGAGCAGUACGCCAAACGAUUUCGUGACUUCAUCUCAAACAUUUUUGCGUAACACUCAGCAACGAACACUGCCAUACGUCAAUCCAACUGAGAGCUAAAAGUCUAUUUUACCAUUGACCAAAAAUAGUAUACAGAUCAUUAUUUAAAAUGUGGUGAUCUGAGGCGAGACUACUUAUGUUGUAGCAAUAUAAUGUACUACUUCUGAUGCAUAUAUUUAUUUUUAAGAGUUAAGAUGCAUUUCUUAUAGAUAUUAAACACUGUUAAUGGAAUAACUCUGGAGCAGUAGGGUGCAUGGAAACAAACUGCUGUUGAUCAGUGUUCAAAGUGUUAGACCACUUUAGUUCAAGAUCAAACAUUUUGCAAUUUUUUUUUUUUUUUGCUUUUUAAAGCAGUCACUUCUGUCUAGUUUCCCAGGCAUGAACUUAACUUAAAGGAAGAGUUUGAAAUUUUGGGCAGUGAAGUUAGAUGAGAAUAUUCAUUCCCUGUGGAGUUUGUGACCUCUAGUAGUGCUAUGGAGUAAUUUUUAAAAAAAAUUUUUUGAGUUGGUCCCCGUUUUGUUUGUCUUGUGCAUGAGGAUGCAUGUGCACAAGCACGUGUAUGCAGAUGACGCGAUACACAGUCCUGCCAGUGGUGUCACACUAUGCAAAGAUGUGCAGCAAUGUGCCGGCAAAGGCAGUGAAGAAGAAGAAGACUGCACGCUAGUAAACAUGGAUGUAAACGAUGCUGGAUUUAAAAUACUUAAAAGUAGAUCAUACAUUUCCGUUUCAUUAAAAAGGAAAUGUACUCAACACGUUUGUUAGAGCUCAAGGAUACAUACAGUGUGUUUUUGGUCAAUAACACUGAAUGCAAACAUAACUUUUGUUUGUUUACAAGAAAACUCCACAGAGCAUCUUUAAAUAUGAAGCUAUAGGAGGACCAGGAGACGGUUAGCUUACGUUAGCAUAGGUUAGCAUAGAUACAGGAAACAGCUAGCCUGGCUCUGUCCAAAGGUAAUAAAAUCCACCUGCCAGCGCCUCUAAAGACAAUAAUUUGUGGUUUAUGAGAGGUUGUGUGCACAGCUUGUCGUUUUUACAUUUUGGUUUUUGUACAAAUUAAAAUUACAUAUGUUAAUUACUGAGCUUUAGAGGUGCUGGUUGGUGGAUUUUGUCACCUUAGGUCAGAGACAGGCUAGCUGUUUCCCCAUUUCUAGUCUUUAUUCAAAGCUAAGCUAACUGGCUGUAGCCUUGUAUUGGUAUCAAUCUUCUCAUCUAACUCUCAGUAAGAAAGCAAAUAAGAGUAGUUCCCAAAAUGUCAAAGUAUUCCUUAAAUCCUAGAAUAAUCUUUAAUGGAGAUGGGUAUUAAAAAAAUAAUGGUAGUCUAGACUCUACACUUGAGAUGAUAUUAUUUAUAGAAGCAGGCCAUUUGAAUGUUUAGAGUGCCAAAUGUGUGGGAUCAAAGCUUUAUUCUAGCAGGAUUUGCACUUUGCAUACAAUAAAUCAACUCUGCUGUGACAGAGCAGUUAAAUGAAGCACAGUUUGAAUGGAUCAAAUACUGUUUGCCACCAAAGUCUCUACUAAAUUUCAAAGAAAAUGUACCGAACAGCCUUGUCAAUUGAAUUGGUAAAUGUGUGGUAUUUAAAUAGAAAGCAUAUCAUAUUUAGCCUGUAAACAUUUUUGGCAGCCCUGCAUCUCUUAGCUACCACAGCCUGUUAAGGGAAUGUGGGGUGGUUGACCUUGGAGCAUUUCCUUUACCCACAGAGCUGGGCCUGUGUUAAUUAAGUGCAAAUUUUAGGAUCAGUCCUGACUUUUUAAUGAAAAACGUCACACGUGUCGAUGUGUAAUUCGACAUCAAAACACUUCAUGAAAAUGAGCCCAUCCAUCAUUAUUCUGGACAGACUCCUUUUUGAACAUGGUGUAGUGUUUUGUGCAUUAAAAUGGCAAAUGUGCGCUAUGUGAAUCAUUGUGAUAGGAUAAGGUUUAAAUUUUAAAUAAAAAAAUAAAUAGCAAUAGCACUAGGAACUAUUGUCUGUGUAUUGUAAUGCCAUUUGACAUUUAGUGUUAACCAGGGUACUCAUUGUUGACAGUAACACUACAUUACAGUAGCUUAUGCAGUUAACCUGUGAUAUGAUGCAGCAUUCCUAAACACCGGCAAGGCAGCGUAGAUACAGUACACUCUGUAUGAUGCCUCAUCUACCCGAUGAUUGCACAUGUUUGUAUUUUUGCAAAUCAGCUUUUGGACCAAAAUAUAUUUUACAAAGAA